AUGUGCCGGAUCGUCGGAGUUGACGACCCUAAUGAUCUCCCAGUGAUCGACACCUUUUGCACAGAGCUGGCUAAGACCCGCGAGAUACUGUCUGGAAAUGCCACCAGCGAAAGUGGUGAACCCGUCGAACGAUUCACGGGCAUCGACAAGCUUCUUACCCAUGCACUCCCGCAGCUUGAGAAGUUUUUUUUGGAGCAGAACAACACAACCGUCGUGUUCUUGAUGAUCUUGGAGAUCAUCCAACUACAACGCUUUGUGGAGGAGCAGGGGCAGGGCAAGUGGCUCCAGCCUCUGAAGGAUUCCUUUGGGGAUGCUCUAUAUGAGCAAGUCUUGGAGGCUGGGGCUGCCUGA